UGCUUUUUUUAGAGGAAACGUCUCUGGCCGAAAAAUCGGUGAAGCCCGUAGGAGUGUGAACACAAAACUGGGAUUGCGUUGAAGGUUAGUAGCUUGGAGCCUUCUAAACCGGCGUGGCUUUGCGCGAACCUGGACCGUGCGGAUGUGUGUGUGUUUUUUAAGGCAGUGAAUGUUGGCACCGAUCACCUUGUAGGUGCUGUGAGUUUUCAGCGCUGGCGUUUCUAAAACGAAGAGGAUCUCAGCAUCGAGCGAUCUGAAUGUAGGGAGCUGCAGCGCUUCAGUAUUAAGUGAGGUGUGAUUCGCGAAAGUGUGCGACACUGUCGGGUGAAGAGGUGUUCAACACGGAGGUUGACACACCCCCUGAGCUCUUCACUUUUGGAGGUUCUACGGGCAAGCAGUGGUGUGGUUUUGAAGACGUCACUGAUCCCUCAACCGAGAUACGUAUCUUUAAGUUGUGAGCUACGACACUUGCAAGUUGAUCUAGGGCGUUCCUGAAACGAAGAAGACCUUGGGAUGGAAUGAUUUGAAGGAUGUGAUGUACAGCGCUUCACUUAUAAGGUAAGGUGGGAUUCGCGAAAGUGUUUGACACUGUCGGCCGAAGAAAGAAGUGUUUAAAACUGACGUUGUUUGAAUAUUUUACACGCUGGGACCUUCCCCUCUUCGACGUUCUACUAGAAAACAGCGGUGUGUGAUUUUGAAAACGUAACGCAUCACUUGACCGAGCUAGCUGGAAUAUCCAUUCCAGUUGCGAGUCACGGUACACACAAGUUGAUCGAGGUGCGACCCCGUGCAAGAGAGUGACACUGUCGGGUGACGAGGAAGUGAUUCGCGAGGUGACGUCAUCACGCCCCUCGGCCAGCAGCGUGCAGUGCCGGGCGAGAAGUUCGGCGUCCAGAAAAGCGUGGUCGGCGCCGACGGGGAAGCUAGCCGUUCGCAGCGCGCUGCGGCGGCUCGGCUCAGGCGUCGCCACGAAGCUCCUCGCGUUCGCCGAGCGGAUGCGCUCCUUCUGGAUCUUCUGGAGGCGGAAGCACAAAGUGGGACAGCCCCGCUGCGAAGAAGACGCCCACGAGCUGUGCGAAAACGACGCCAGCUGCGAUGCGGACGGCCGUCACCGGCGCUUCUUCCUCAAGCCUCGCUCGUCGGGUGACGGUCCCCGGCCUGCUACCGUGCGCGUCGACAGCAGCAGCAGCAGUGACGACGACGAAGACGACGAGGACGAAGACGAGUACGAGGAUGAGUACGACUACGAAGAGGAAGACGACGACGAGUGCCUGACGUGCAACGUGUGCGAGCGCUCCUUCCCCUCGGCUCGCCGUCUCUCUCGACACCAGCAGCGAAAGCGUCACUUCGGCUGCCCCGUUUGCGACGCCAUCUUCCUUCCCCACUCGCCCUCGAGAACCACCGGGGAACCCUGGAGCACUGGUCGGAGGACGAUGACGAUGAAGACCCACAGGAGUCGCAUUCGAGGCGGCAGCACCGUAGCUGGUGGGGAGGCGUCGACGAAGACGAUGACCUGGACGACGAAGAAGACGAAGAAGACGAGGAGUCCUCGGAGGAAGACACCGACCUGGACGACGUCGAGUCGGGACCCAACUCGCAAGAGCUCGAGCGGCUCUUGUGACUGCUGUGGCCGAGCGCCGCUCACUUCAAAGUUCCACAGGGCGGCGCUGGGCGGCGCUGUACCUGCUCCGCUGAUGUCACCCGCUACUGAAGAGACUCGCUGGAGGGAUGAAAGAUAAAGAAUAUUAGCAAUG